AUGCAGUUUGAGGAGAAAGACCACAUCGUGCUCCUCGGCAUCAUCUUGGAUCAUGAAUGGCAAGAUGAUGGAGUUCGGUUUCGCUUGGUGGUUGACUGCCAGGUCUUGGCGGGUCUCGUUAACGGCGCUACGCCUCUGCUCGACGAAUCGUUCCGGCCCCCAUUGCGACGCGUGGUAUCUUCGUUGGACCGGCUCCUGCAGCGCGGCCCGCGUCGCCUCGGGACUGGGGCGAUCCAGUUUGUUGGCGGGAUUGCACGUGGAAUCGACAGGCGGAUCGGGUUGCAAAUCGCGCGAUGGACGCCCGGCAGGAGGUCCAUUGGGCGGCCCCGGAUAUCGCCAAGAUUGCACAAGGGUCGCAUGUAUUUGUAUUUUCCGAUGGUGGGUUCCGUCGUGGCACUGGUCGAGCUUCUGCAGGCUUUGCCGCCUACGUGCGUGAUGCGAGGAUUGGUGGCGCCAGACUGGUGGCCUUCAAGGGCUGCCCACUCCAGAAUAUCCACAGUGCAUUUCAGACAGAAGUCAUUGGGCUCGAAAUGGCUAUAG